AUGGUUUUUGAGAGCUAUGGAGUAGAGAAAUGCUAUGAUUCGAUCGAAAAAUCAACCACUUAUCUUCUUCGAUUAAUCAAGUGUCGAGCAUCACAAUUAGAUGAAUCAAAUGUCGGCUCUCAUACUGAUAAAUGUUUGCUGACCAUACUUCAUCAGAAUCAAGUAAUUGGUUUAGAAGUGAAGACUAAAGAUGGUGCAUGGGGGAAGCAUUUUUGGCAUGGAGCAACGACAGAUUUGAGUGGUCCAGAACACGGGGUGAUGGUGAGGGAAACUGAACCAAGGUACACACUGGCACAAUUCUCAUAUAUCGACGGGAUGAUAGUUAUACCAGAAGAGCUUGUUGACGAGAAGCACCCUAUGAGGUUUCUACCAUUUAAUAACUUGGAAUUAUUGGAUUUCUUUGCCGAACAUGUGGAUGAUCAAAUGGAAUACACUGUUAGAGCCUUCUGUGGCAUUUGA